CUACAUGUAUGCACAUGGUAUGUUCAAUUGAUAUUCUUCGGAUAGACAUGUAGAAGACAAAUUAGAAGACAUUAUUAUAGAUAUUUUUGGUUGUAAAAUUAAAGAGAGUGUUAACAGACUAGAACGUACGUAACAUGAGUGGUGCCUAAGUAUUGAAGCUUCUUGAGCUGCUUGAUCUCACACGGCAUUAUGACACUCACGAAGUGCCAGGGUAAAUUUCCUUGGACAAGUUGCGAAGAGUAGAGCUAUAAAAGGCGUACUUAACUCUUGUAUCUAAUAAGUUUUUCGACUCACCCUCCUAUUAUUAAGACUAUUAAACUCAUUAUCUUAUUUUGAUUUGAUUGACUCAAAAGAGUGGUGAAAGCUUGAAACAAUAAAAAAAAAAAUGACGCAGUUACCUAGUGAGAAAGAAGUUAAGCUUCAUGCAGUCUGUGUCCCCUUUCCUGCACAAGGCCACAUAAGCCCAAUGCUAAAUCUAGCCAAGUUACUCCAUUCUAAAGGCUUCCACAUAACCUUUGUAAAUACUGAGUUCAACCAUCGCAGGCUUCUUAGGUCGAGGGGUCCAAACUCCCUUGAUGGUCUCUCAUCUUUCCGAUUCGAAGCGAUACCGGAUGGCAUACCACCCUCUGAUCCGGAUGCCACCCAAGACGUUCCUUCCAUGUUCCAUGCUGUUCUAAAUAACUGUCUUGACCCCUUCAAGAAGCUCCUCCAAAGGCUUAAUGAUCCGUCCGCAGGUUCACCGCCUGUCACCUUUAUUCUCUCGGACUGUAUCAUGCCGUUCACUCUUGAUGCCGCACGAGACCUCGGUGACUUGCCUGUGAUUCUCCUGUGGACUGCUAGCGCUUGUGGGUUCUUAGGUUAUGCUCAAUAUCGAUUACUUCUUGACAAGGGCAUUGUGCCCUUCAAAGAUCCUAAUUACUUGACGAACGGCAGUUUGGAUAUGAUUGUUGACUGGGUCCCCAGCAUGAAAGGUAUACGCUUAAAGGAUAUUCCAAGCUUCAUAAGAACCAUGGAAAAAGAUGACAUAUUAUUUUAUUUCUUGAUGAUCUCCGUUGAGAAAUCUUGCGAAUCUUUAGCACCAAUCAUAUUCAAUACCUUUGACGAAUUAGAGCACGAAGUCCUUGACGACAUAUCUAAAAUGGGUGGUCCAAUCUACACCAUUGGACCACUGCACUACCAACUAAACCAAACUUCCCAACAUGUAGAUGAUAAGGACGCCAAUUACUUGGGGUCCAAUCUUUGGAAAGAGGACUCACAUUGCCUACAAUGGCUUGAUACGAUGAAGCCAAAUUCAGUUUUGUAUGUUAGUUUUGGGAGCAUCACAACCAUGACAAAAGAUAAUCUUGUCGAAUUUGCGUGGGGACUUGCGAAGAGCAAUCGCCCAUUCUUGUGGAUCGUUAGACAGGAUAUUGUCACAGGAGAUUUGGCGGUUUUACCGCCUGAUUUUCUAACUAAAACAAAAGAUAGGGGCAUGUUAGCUAGUUGGUGUGAUCAAGAAAAGGUGCUGAAUCAUGAAGCAACGGCUGCUUUUUUAACCCAUUGUGGGUGGAACUCUAGUCUUGACACCAUAUGUGGUGGAAAGCCUGUGCUUUGUUGGCCAUUUUUCGCCGAACAACAGACUAAUUGUUGGUAUUUCUGCAAUAAAUGGGGUACAGGCAUGGAGAUAAACAAGGAUGUUAAGAGGGAUGAGGUUGAGAGGCAAGUGAGAGAGUUAAUGGAGGGUGAAAAGGGUGAAGAUAUGCGAAGGAAUGCAAUCAAGUUGAAAAGGUUAGCUGAAAAGGCAACAAGACCUACUGGAUCAUCUUACAACAAUAUGGAACAAUUGAUGAGCCAAGUGUUUCUUCCACUGAAACACUAAAAUUGAUGAACCAGGGUCCAAUGUACAAGAGUAGUUAUUGAUAUGAAACAAACAACGAAAAUAAAUUUAUUGUCACUAUGUUGAUUAAUAAUAAUAAUACCUCUUUUUUUAAAUAAAAAAACUCGUUCUUUA